GCGGCGGCUGGCUCGGUGCGCGGCGCGGCUGGCGCUGCGCUCCGCCCCGGCUGCAUUGCUGUGCUCCGGGUGCCCAGGGGAGCCACGCGCCGCGUACGCCCCGCAGCCGGCCGCCCCGAGGCAGCGCAGUCCGCUGGCAUGGGCCCCGGGGGCGCCCCGGGCUGGGGCUCUGGGCUGAGGCGCUGAAAGACGCCCUCCCGCCCGCGGGGCCCCGCGCCCGGCCGGCCCGCUCGCCCGCCCGCUCGCGGCCAUGGCCGUCCGGCCCGGCCUUUGGCCAGCGCUCCUGGGCAUGGUCCUCACCGUCUGGCUCCACGGCUCGGGUGCCCAGCAGAGUGCUACGGUGGCCAACCCGGUCCCCGGUGCCAACCCAGACCUGCUUCCCCACUUCCUGGUGGAGCCUGAGGAUGUGUACAUCGUCAAGAACAAGCCGGUGCUGCUGGUGUGCAAGGCCAUGCCUGCCACGCAGAUCUUCUUCAAGUGCAACGGGGAGUGGGUCCGCCAGGUGGACCACGUGAUAGAGCGCAGCACGGAUGAUGGAAGCGGGCUGCCCGCCAUGGAGGUCCGCAUCAACGUCUCGAGGCAGCAGGUGGAGAAGGUGUUUGGGCUGGAGGAGUACUGGUGCCAGUGUGUGGCAUGGAGCUCCUCAGGCACCACCAAGAGUCAGAAGGCCUACAUCCGCAUUGCCUAUUUGCGCAAGAACUUCGAGCAGGAGCCGCUGGCCAAGGAGGUAUCCCUGGAGCAGGGCAUCGUGCUGCCCUGCCGCCCACCCGAGGGCAUCCCCCCGGCUGAGGUGGAGUGGCUCCGGAACGAGGACCUGGUGGACCCGUCCCUGGACCCCAAUGUGUACAUCACAAGGGAGCACAGCCUGGUGGUGCGACAGGCCCGCCUGGCCGACACGGCCAACUACACCUGCGUGGCCAAGAACAUCGUAGCGCGUCGCCGCAGCGCCUCAGCUGCUGUCAUCGUCUACGUGAACGGUGGGUGGUCGACGUGGACCGAGUGGUCCGUCUGCAGCGCCAGCUGUGGGCGCGGCUGGCAGAAACGGAGCCGGAGCUGCACCAACCCGGCGCCUCUCAACGGGGGUGCCUUCUGUGAGGGGCAGAAUGUCCAGAAAACAGCCUGCGCCACCCUGUGCCCAGUGGAUGGCAGCUGGAGCCCAUGGAGCAAGUGGUCAGCCUGUGGGCUCGACUGCACCCACUGGCGAAGUCGUGAGUGUUCUGACCCAGCACCCCGCAAUGGAGGUGAGGAGUGCCGGGGUGCUGAUCUGGAUACCCGAAAUUGUACCAGCGACCUCUGUGUGCACACUGCUUCCGGGCCCGAGGACGUGGCCCUCUACGUGGGCCUCAUUGCUGUGGCUGUAUGCCUCCUCCUGCUGCUGCUCGUCCUCAUCCUUGUUUAUUGCCGCAAGAAGGAAGGGCUGGACUCAGACGUGGCUGACUCAUCCAUCCUCACCUCAGGCUUCCAGCCCGUCAGCAUCAAGCCCAGCAAAGCAGACAAUCCCCAUCUUCUCACCAUCCAGCCAGACCUCAGCACCACCACCACCACCUGCCAGGGAAGUCUGUGUCCCCGGCAGGACGGGCCAAGCCCCAAGUUCCAGCUCGCCAAUGGGCACCUGCUCAGCCCGCUGGGUGGUGGGCGCCACACACUGCACCACAGCUCGCCCACCUCUGAGGCCGAGGACUUCGUCUCCCGCCUCUCUACCCAGAACUACUUCCGCUCCUUGCCCCGUGGCACCAGCAACAUGACUUAUGGGACCUUCAACUUCCUCGGGGGCCGGCUGAUGAUCCCUAAUACAGGGAUCAGCCUCCUCAUUCCUCCAGAUGCCAUACCCCGGGGAAAGAUCUACGAGAUCUACCUCACACUGCACAAGCCAGAGGAUGUGAGGUUGCCCCUAGCUGGCUGUCAGACCCUGCUGAGUCCCAUCGUUAGCUGUGGGCCCCCUGGAGUCCUGCUCACCCGGCCGGUCAUCCUCGCCAUGGACCACUGUGGGGAGCCCUGCCCAGAGAGCUGGAGCCUGCGCCUCAAAAAGCAGUCCUGUGAGGGCAGCUGGGAGGAUGUGCUGCAUCUGGGAGAGGAGGCACCCUCCCACCUCUACUACUGCCAGCUGGAGGCCGGCGCCUGCUAUGUCUUCACUGAGCAACUGGGCCGCUUUGCCCUGGUGGGAGAGGCCCUCAGUGUGGCUGCGACCAAGCGCCUCAAGCUGCUUCUGUUUGCCCCCGUGGCCUGCACCUCCCUCGAGUACAACAUCCGAGUCUACUGCCUACAUGACACCCACGACGCACUCAAGGAGGUGGUACAGCUGGAGAAGCAGCUGGGGGGACAGCUGAUCCAGGAGCCCCGAGUCCUGCACUUCAAGGACAGUUACCACAACCUACGUUUGUCCAUCCACGAUGUGCCCAGCUCCCUGUGGAAGAGCAAGCUCCUCGUCAGCUACCAGGAGAUCCCCUUUUAUCAUAUCUGGAACGGCACCCAGCAGUACCUGCACUGCACCUUCACCUUGGAGCGCGUCAGCCCCAGCACCAGUGACCUGGCCUGCAAGGUGUGGGUGUGGCAGGUGGAAGGCGAUGGGCAGAGCUUCAAUAUCAACUUCAACAUCACCAAGGACACAAGAUUUGCUGAGCUGCUGGCUCUGGAGAGUGAAGGGGGGGUCCCAGCCCUAGUGGGCCCCAGUGCCUUCAAGAUCCCCUUCCUCAUUCGGCAGAAGAUCAUUACCAGCCUCGACCCGCCCUGUAGCCGGGGUGCUGACUGGCGGACUCUGGCCCAGAAACUCCACCUGGACAGGCCCUGGGGCUCUCAAAGGCUCCCGACCUCAGUCAUCAUCUCCAGAAUACCAGUGCUCCCCACAGGACCAAGAUGAUUGUGAGCAAGCGCGGCACCUUGAAGACUGCACUUUCCUGAUGACUACUGUCCCAGAUGCUGGAGUAUAAAGCAGAUGUAGGCUGGUCCUGAGGACUCUUACAGCCUUACCAACAAUCACAGAACCCUUGACAUAGUCAGUAACAGAUGGACCUGCUACCGUGCUUGGGAGUUCAGGAUGUUCUAGAGGUUUGGAACAAAGAGUGUGAGGUAACAAGGAGCCAAAGACUUGCUGGAGAAGCAGGUAGGCUGGACUAUGGAUGGCCUUUAUGCCAAGCUAUGUUGUACAAAUUUCAUUCUGAAGGGAGAAGUGGACAGGGAUGGAUCUGUACUUCAGAAAGGGGUUCCACUAGUGGCAUAACUUUUAUGACUUCUUUGAAUUUUAGUUUUUUCAUCUGGGAGGAAAUAACUGCUUUUACAAGGUUGUUAUAAUAAUUAAAUAAGACUUGAAAAAUGCUUUGGGAAAUUUAAUGUGCAACACAAGCAUCAGCUCAUGGGUGGGUUUUGGAAGGUACAGUGAUGCAGAAUGGAAAGAGCCAUAUGCUCAGAGUUAAGGACCCAACUCUCCACAGAAGACCUAGUACCAGGUCUCCAAAUGGGAGGCCCAAUUUUCUUAAUCUGCCAAAUGGGGAUCAAUAUAUGUCAAAGAGCUUUGUGGGGCAAAUGAAAUAAUGAACGCAAAAGGACCUUGUGCAGAAUGUACCUUCAGAUUUAUUUACUUGAAUCUGAAUUGAGCCUCAAUUUCCUCCUCUAUAACAGAACAAAAAUUCAGUUCUUGUGAGGAUUAAAGGAGUUAAUGGUUUGCAUACUAUAAAGAACUGUAGAAAUGUCGUUAUUUUGCUAAUUCAAGCUAGAGGUGGUACUGCUAUUCCAAGAAAUUCCCAAGGGAGCCUUCAGUGGUUUAGGUGUCUUUCAGGAGUAAAGGAAAAGGGAAAUGCAGUGAAGGCCCCAAGAUGGGGAGAAGGGAUUUGUCCAGUGAAUCAAUCUACCUCUCUUCCUGUAGCACAAGACUCCAGGGAAGAAUACCUUCCCAUCCCUGCAACCCUUGCCCAUCCUCCAUUCCCAACAUGCCCAUGAAUUUGCCCUCCUCAUGGUCAAAUUGAGCUGCUGAUUGUCCCAUCCCAGUCUUUUCCUCAGUCCCCAUCCCCUACUGUCCUCUGUCAGGCAUGCAAAGCCAUGAGCAAUCUCUUCACUGCAAAAUUCUUGUCUCUUGGCUUUCAACAACUAGUCUUUCCUGAGCCUCCUUCCCUCAUAAUCUUCAUUACUUUUUCUCUCCACUCCCCCUUAGCAAUGCC